AUGCAGACUGCUUCUACAAACAUUUGUGAAAGAAUGGGCACUGUAAGUCCAUUUGUGAAAUGUCCUUGCUACUAAAUAUUCCACAGUCAACUGUUAGUGGUAUUAUAACAAAGUGGAAGCAACUGGGAACAUCAGCAACUCAGCCACAAAGUGGUAGGCCAGGUAAAAUGACAGAGCGGGGUCAGCGCAUGCUGAAGCGCACAGUGGGCAGAAGUUGCCAACUGUCUGCAGAGUCAAUAGCUAAAGACCCCAACACUUCAUGUGGCCUUCAGAUUAGCACAACAGUGUGUAGAGAGCUUCAUUGAACGGGUUUCCAUGGCCGAGCAACUGCAGCCAAG